AUGAGGAUUUUGAUUGAGUCAAAGGACAGUGAGUCAAAGGACAGUGAGUCAAAUGACAGUGAGUCAAAUGACAGUGAGUCAAAGGACAGUGAGUCAAAGGACAGUGAGUCAAAAGACAGUGAGUCAAAGGACAGUGAGUCAAAGGACAGUGAGUCAAAGGACAGUGAGUCAAAGGACAGUGAGUCAAAGGAUAGUGAGUCAAAUGACAGUGAGUCAAAGGACAGUGAGUCAAAGGACAGUGAGUCAAAGGACAGUGAGUCAAAUGACAGUGAGUCAAAGGACAGUGAGUCAAAGGACAGUAUGUCAAAGGACAGUGAGUCAAAGGACAGUGAGUCAAAGGACAGUGAGUCAAAAGACAGUAUGUCAAAGGACAGUGAGUCAAAGGACAGUGAGUCAAAGGACAGUGAGUCAAAGGACAGUGAUUCAAAGGACAGUAUGUCAAAGAACAGUAUGUCAAAUGACAGUGAGUCAAAGGACAGUGAGUCAAAUGACAGUGAGUCAAAUGACAGUGAGUCAAAUGACAGUGAGUCAAAUGACAGUGAGUCAAAUGACAGUGAGUCAAAUGACAGUGAGUCCCUAAAUAGCUCACAUUUCGUCUUGUUUCAGUAA